AAAUUUAUUUUCAAAAUGGCGCUUAAUGAAAAUGCUGCCGUGCGAUUGGUCAAAAGAGACAUACAUAUAUGGAGAAAGAAGAAAGUUUGCAAGUUUGUAAGGAGAAGAGGUAUCGCGUAUAACGUGCUCGUCGGACAAGAGCGAGUUGCGCGAUCCGUGUGCGCAGUCACAUUUCUAUCUGGCAGCAGAGUGGGAUUGCAGACUGCAAUGAUGGCGGCCACCAGCGAGGAACGGAUUGUUAUGGAGCCUUCGAGGACAAAUUGUGGACAGACUCAAGUCGUGGACCGUCUGAAAAUGCUAUAUCCGAUGGUCAACGAGGAAGAGACACCAUUGCCUCGAUCCUGGAGCCCGAAGGACAAGUACAACUACAUAGGACUAUCACAAAAUAAUCUUCGCGUUCACUACAAAGGUUAUGGAAAGACACACAAGGACGCAGCAAGUGUUCGCACGACGCAUUCGAUACCGGCGGCCUGUGGUUUGUAUUAUUUCGAGGUGAAGAUCGUGAGCAAAGGAAGAGAUGGAUACAUGGGUAUCGGGCUCUCAGCACAUGGUGUGAACGUUAAUAGAUUACCAGGUUGGGACAAGCACUCAUAUGGAUAUCAUGGCGACGAUGGCCAUAGCUUUUGCUCGUCGGGUACAGGUCAACCUUAUGGACCUACCUUCACCACCGGAGACGUCAUUGGUUGUGGUGUCAAUCUCGUUGAUAACACUGCAUUUUAUACUAAAAAUGGUCACCACCUUGGAAUAGCCUUUACGGAUCUUCCUCCAAAUCUCUAUCCAACGGUCGGUCUGCAGACACCAGGAGAGGUAGUGGAUGCAAACUUCGGACAAGCACCGUUUGUCUUCGACAUCGGGGAUAUGAUCAAUGAACUGCGCGUACGAACGAGAUUACAGAUCAUAAACUAUCCGACGCCGGAUCAUGGCCAGGGUCAGUGGCAGGCCGUCCUUCACAAAAUGGUGUCUACGUAUCUCGUCCAUCACGGGUACUGCGCCACCGCUGAAGCCUUCGCCAACAGCACGGGUCAAGUCUUUGAGGAGGACUUCAAUUCCAUAAAAAAUAGACAAAGGAUUUUAAAACUAGUACUGGCUGGACGUAUGGGCGAAGCGAUAGAUUUAACAAGCCGAUUAUAUCCCGGACUUCUAGAACGGGAUCCUAAUUUGUUAUUCGCAUUGAAAUGUCGUCAAUUCGUCGAGAUGGUAAACGGAAGUGAUUCUGAAGUCUGUCAAACUACCAACGUUAAUCAGACUAGUGUCAUACAGUCUACCAAAGCUUAUGCGAAAUCCUCAGCGAACGGUAACGUAGAAGAAAUGAAUAUUAAUAACACGAUGAACGGUGCCAGUGAGCAGCAAUUUGUUAACGGCCAAAUCGAAGAAGAUGUCGACAUGGAAGAGAAUAAUAUGGGUACGAUGAAUGGUAUCAAGAGUAGUAAUGGCUAUCAAAAUGGUAAUCUCAAUGCGAACGGUUUCAAGUGUCAAAAUGGAGAGGACGUAGAUAUGGAGAUCGAUGGUGCCAAUCAGAAUCAGCAACAAAACGGUAAUUGCAGCAUUAACAAUGACGUUGUUGUGAAUAAAAAUAAAAAGCAAUUAUGCGGCGGUAAUAAACAAGCUAUUGAAAAAAUGUUGGAGUUUGGUAGACAACUCUAUUCGCAAUCGAUACAUUUGAGGCAACAACAUGGCAAGAAUGAAGGAAACAAAAAAAUGUUACAAGAUGCUUUCAGUCUCUUAGCAUAUGCAAAUCCAUGGAACUCGCCUGUUGGUUGGCAAUUGGAUCCCCAGCAACGAGAAACCGUUUGCGCGAGGUUGAAUUCUGCUAUACUUGAAUCUAGCAAUCUACCUCGUCGGCCGCCUCUAGAAGUAGCAGCAUCUCAUGCAAGAGAGUUAGUCCGCUUAAUGUCAACUGCUGGUCUCGGCGCGUGCGGUUUCGCGGUUGUAGAUAAUAUCAUUCAAUAUUGACGGUGCCUCCCUCUGCUGCCACGUCCCCCUCUUCUACCAGCUCGCGUAUGGAUGCGAAGACGGAACGUGGAGCAGAUUAUAUUGUUGACGCAGCAACAUCGCGAUGUCGCGUGCCUCUUUAGCUAGAGCAACCGCAUUUGUUGUCGGUGACUCGGCGCGAUCUCACACCACAGACACGACACAAGGUGAACCUUCAAACCUGCCAACCAAAAUGACACUUCACAUUUUUAGCUUAAAUUGGGGGAAAGGGGGACGGUCACUUUGGAAUCCGCUAAGAUAAGAGCAGAAAAGCGGCAGAUCGGUGUGUGUUCCCUCGUUUCCAAAUGGUUGUCAAGUAAGGCUGGUAGAUUUACAUUACACACUACUGUUAUUAUUAUUAUUAUUAUUAUUAUUAUUAUUAUUAUUAUUAUUAUUAUUAUUAUUAUUAUUAUUAUUAUUAUUAUUAUUAUUAUAUUAUUAUUAUUAUUAUUUUAUGUCAUUUCUUUUUAAUCUUUAUUUUUUUUGUAAGAUCCGAUAUAUAUUUCUUCUAUCCUCAUUCCAUAUUCAUAUAUUUCUGGCAAGUUGUAUAUUCCUGACAUUAGUGCAAUAGGAUUAUCAAAAAAUAAAAAAGAGUGUACAGGAAUAAGCAACUUUGCGUCAAAUUUCUUCUACGAUAUAGAUAUAUACAAUUCGUAAAUUAAUUCGUUAAAUUACGCUUGCAAAAAGUAAUGGUAGUUUCUUACAGCACUUUAUCGACCACAAGUUUACUUUUCAGAGUAAGUCAAAAGCCGGGAUCACUUUCUCUCUUUAUAGAAAAAUGAAAAACGCUCUCUGAUCCUUGAUGCGUUGUGAGAUUUGAUAGCCGAUAUAUAUGCGAUCGAUACAUUGUUGAUUCUACUUGGAAAAUUGUCAUUAAAUUAUAUAUAAUAAUGUCUAGAAAAACUGUCUGAAAAAAGGGAAAAAAAAGAAAGAAAAAGAAAAAAGAAUACACACACAACUCAAAUUAGAAUCGUCUUACGUUGGAAAUUUUCAGAGAUAUGUCUACGACAUUUAAGUAAACGAAAAGUAUAUUACUACCUUUUCUAUACUACCUUUCGUUACUUCGACAAUGAUUCUCAUUGAUGCCCAAAUAGAAAUCAGAAAUCUUUAAUAGACGUUCUUCAUUGCUGCUUCAAGUAGAAAAUGCGUUCUUCUUGAACCAUUUUGAUCCACCAAUCGUAUUUUUUUUACAGUUUUCGGGGAACGAGGGAACACGUUCAUUUCAGAGACGGACGAGGUCUUACGUUUAUAUAUAAAUAAUUAUGAGAAAAACAAAAACUUAACUAAGGAACGAUCUUGUACUCUAUACUAAGUAAUUGUUUUUUAUAUGCGACAUAGUAUAUUAUUAUAUUAUAUAUUAUUAAAAAAAAUGAAGAAAACUGUAUGCAGCUAGGCGUAAGCGUACAUUUAAAUACAAUAAUUUACUAUAUAUACAAAUUACAUUAAAUAGGAUUACUCGAUUGAAUGAUUUUUAGUGUUUGUUUUAUGUACUAUAGCUAGAACUAUAAGAAUAUGAGCGAAUAUAAUGAUUUGGACAAAAAAAUUUACAAAUCUUUUUGUUUCGUAUUGUAAAACGUUUUUGUUUUCGAAGAUAUAUAUAUACAUAUAUAUAUUAUAUACACAUUAUAUCUAUAUAUGUAUAUAUGUAUGUAUAUAUUGAUGGUUGAUCCAAAGUGUGAGUCUCCUUCAAUGAACGCGAUGUUUCAAUUAAGCAAGUUCUUUAUUUUACAGGAAAACAUGUGACUUUUUAUAACGAAGUAACAUAAAUAUCUCACAAAGUAAAAGAUCCUUAUUUUCGAACGAACCAUUGAAGAAAGUAAAAGUCCGUGAAGGAAAUAAAUCUUUUCAGUUUGCCUUAGGUAAAGAAAUAAUAUUUUCAUUACAUAUAUAAUUAAAUAUAGUUCUCGUGUUUUUUUUUUUUUAAAUUCAACGAUCAUAAGUUAUUCGAUUCGAUUCGAUUGGAUCACAUUUUCUAUGUGAUAAAAACUAACUCGGGAGAACGUCAUUAAAAUAAUUAUCCAUAAAUAUUAAUAUCGAAUUCUGAUAUUUUUCUUAACGUUCAUUUCAACUGAAUCCAUGUUGCUCAUUUAUUAUAGUCUCAGCAAGGAUAUAUACAAUAUUUGAAUUCUUAUUACUAGUAUACAUAUAUAUAUGUAUAUAUUUUUUCUUCCCUAAUUAUUAUAUAUAGGGAAUAACAGAAAACUUGCAGGAAUGCUCUUAAAAUAAUGGUUGUGUGGUAAGUUGAAAAUAUUUUCAAUCAUAUAUUCUGGUUAAAGGUAUAAAACAAAAAUUUCUUUUGCGUUUUUAGCAAGAUUAUUUGGUACUCAUGAGAUACAUCCAUUAUGUGGCACAAAAGCAAUGGUCACAAUUGCACGGAUAUUUACAAGUCAAUUCUUUUGUCACAAUAGAACUCUUGGUAAGAAAAAGAAAAAUGUUUAAUUUUUACUAAAUAAUAAAUACAUAUUUUAUUGACUUGAAGAGACAUUUCAUACUCGUAUGCAAAUUAUUAAACACUACUUUUUAUCUUAACACGUUUGAUCUUUUAUUUAGAUUUGUAAAUACAUAUACCCAAAUCUAUUAUAUUAUAACAUCUUGCUUUUCUUUCAUUAUUUAAAAAUACUAUCGUAACGAAAUAUAAAAAUUGAUGCUGAAUGAAAUCAUUUCUAUAAUUAUUAUAGCUAUGAUAUUGGCAAAAAUACUGCUACUAUUACAACUUAAAAAAUAAUAAGAUUUCUGAAUUAUAGUGAUCAAAUUUAAUAUAAUAUUAUUAAUGUAUAUUUCACAGAAUGUAAAAAUGAAUUUAUUUUGUGUUCAGAAGAUAUAUUUAUAUUACACACUUUUUACACAUCAUUUAUAUCUAUAGGACCUAUAUUACAUACGAGAAUUAUGUUGGCAAAAUAAUUUUUAAAUUUUGAUUUUUUUCCUAGUUAAAAAAAAAAAAAAAAAAAAAAAAAAAAAAGAAAAAAAAAAUCGUUUGAUGUAUUUAUAAAAAUAGAAUAUUACUAUCAAUAUCAUCGUAAUGCAAUGACAUCUGUGUAUAUAGAAUACAUGUAUACACUUAAUUUUUUGUCAAGUACAUACAAUUUUAUAAUACUGUUAUAUUUUCAUUUUAGCUAUCUAUUUCUAUUUUAUGAAUUUAUAGUUGAAUUAUAAUUUUUUAUUUGACUACGUUAGUUUUGUAUCAUUAUACAUCAUUACAUCAUGUUAUGAUAUAGAAUCUUUUUUUAGCAACAAACGUCGCAUAUGUCGCAUCUAUAUAUUUUCUAAAAAAAAAAAUGUAUACUAUAUCCUAGAAAUAGUAAAGUACAAAUAAAUAUAUCAAGUUAAAAGCUUUUCAUAUAAUAUUCAUUUUAAUUAUUAUGCUUAUAAGAGUAAAUGUUUAUAUUUUUUAUACUCGCUAAAUUUUGUAUUAUUACAUAAAGUUGCAUAGCGAAAAUAUUUCUAUCAACAAUGUUGAUUUUACAUACUAUGUUGUAUUUACAAGAUACAACGUAUAUAAAUGUUUAUCUAUAAAGGAGCAUUUGUUUAGUCGCGGCAACCUCUGUAGUUGGAUUCAUAACUGUGUUUAGAUACACAAUAAUAUACACAAAACAUAAAUGUUUAGUAAAUCAUUUACUGAACGAUUCAUGUGCAGCAUCUAUAUAUUACAGAUUUUGUACAAUACUAUGAUGGUUCUAUCGUAGAUAUUUAUUGUAAAAUUAUAAAUAAUUGUUCACAAUACAAUUCGUUAUGUUUUAAACACAUUA